AUGCCGCUGACACGCGCCUUUUCCUCCGGCGCUGCGCUUUUCCUCCUGACGCAUGACUUUGCCAAAGCAGCACCCUUCUUACUCUUGCCCUUUUUUCCAUCCGUUAAGGUUCUUGCCAUCAACAGCUUCUACCAUGCCCUGGGAGAUGAUGGCAGUCUAAGGAAGACCAUUCACAAGAGAAGCAGCCAGGAUCUGAAGCUGCUCGACAGUCUUCGUCCUUUGCGUCGCACCAAAAGGAGAUGGGUUAUUACCACCCUAGAACUUGAGGAGGAAGACAAAGGGCCGUUUCCAAAACGUGUCGGAGAGCUCUUUAAUGAUGUAUCACGCAAGCGUGAUAUAAACGUGAAAUAUUUAAUCAGUGGACCUGGUGUGGAUGAAUAUCCAGAGCCUGGACUAUUUUCUAUUGAGGAUGAUGGGAAUGGACAUGUAUCUGUGCACCGUCCCAUUGAUCGAGAGAGAAACCCUUCUUUCACGAUACGUUUUGAUGUUGCGGAUAGGACGACUAACGAAAUAGUGGAUAGAUCUUUACUCUUCAAUGUCAAAAUAAAGGAUAUAAAUGAUAAUGCACCUGAGUUUUCUAAAAAGGAAUUUAACAUCACAAUGAAAGAAAACCACAACAGAAAUGAACCAGUGUUCAAUGCCACGGCCUAUGACAAGGAUGAAGAAGGCACUCCAAAUUCUCUAGUGGAGCAUUCUCUGGUUUUGCAGACACCUCGUACAAAAGAACCUAUCUUCACCAUUGAUCCUUCAAGUGGCCUGAUUCGUGUCACGGGAUGCUCAGAUUAUCAGGUGACCCCGGCUUUCAGACUUCUUGUCAAAGCUACAGACCAUGGAAAUCCACAGCUGUCAUCAACAGCAACAAUUAAUAUUGCUGUGGAAGAUUCAAACAACAAUGCACCAUUGCUUGCUAAAGGAACUCAUUAUCUGAACCUCCCAGAAGGCAAAACAGAACAUGGCGUUCUCCGCCUCCAGGUGGAAGAUAAAGAUUCUCCCAACACACCUGCUUGGAGAGCCAAGUAUAAGAUACUGGGAGGAGAUGAUACAGAGAACUUCAGCAUUGAGACGGAUCCUGAUACCAAUGAAGGGGUUUUAAGCAUCACAAAGCCUUUGGUUUAUGACAAACAUAACAAGAGGAGACUCGUGAUUUCUGUGGAAAAUGAAGAGCCCCUCUUUUUCUGUGAAGGCGGUCAGGUGCGGAGUUCUCCAGGCAACCAAGAAGCAUAUGUGAACAUAAAUAUCAUUGAUCAGAACGAUGCUCCUCAGUUUCACCCUCCUGUUCUUGUUCUUUGGAAAGAGGAAGGGAUGAUCCCUGGGACAACGAUUGCACAUUACACAGCCAAGGAUCCAGAUACAACACCACACAUCAUAAGGUACAAAGUAGCUUCUGACCCAGGUGGCUGGGUGACGGUUGACGAACACUCGGGGACCGUGACAAGUGUGAAAACACUAGAUAGAGAAUCUCCCCACGUGAACACCAGCAUAUACACCAUUGUGAUUCACGCCAUUGAUGACGGUGUUCCACCACUAACUGGCACAGGCACUAUCCAGCUUCACCUGUCUGACCUCAAUGACAACGCUCCCAUGUUAGUCACACCUUUGCUGGUGGUCUGCAAUGGAAAAGAAAAAGGCCCAUUCCUUGUAAAAGCAGAAGACAAAGACUCUGAUCCCUAUGCAGAGCCCUUUACAUUCCAGCUAGUGGAGACCAAUGGGAAUGUGCAAGACUCUUGGAGACUGGGACAGAACUUUGAUGACUCAGUCGAGCUGUUCAUGUUGAAAAGCCUCCCUUCUGGGAAUUACGCAGUGCCCCUCCACAUUUUCGACAGGCAGGGGUUUUCUAUGGAACAGACCCUCCAUGUCGGUGUGUGUUCCUGCCGGGAUGGGAUCACAUGCGAGCAGGAGCUGAGACUGGCUUCCAUGUCGGUGGGUCUUGGAGCAGGAGCAGUCGCUGCAAUCGUGGCUGGGUUCCUGUUACUGAUUUUGGGCAUAGCUCUCCUACUUUGGUGUUCCUCAACACCAGAAUCGAAGAAAGGCCCUCCCUUCAUUCCGUACGAAGAAGGCAACCAGACUCUGAUCCACUACAAUGAGGAGAGCCAACAAGCGUUGUCUCAGGAUGCACCCGAUAUGGGAGAUCCUGCUACAUCAUCCGCAGUCUAUGCACAAAUUUCCAAAGAGAAACCACAAACAAUUAAGAGGCCAACUGGAGUGAGCACCUCACAUUCACGGACAUCCAGUCAAGUACCCAAUGAACAAAGUCUACUUGAUGACCAUAGAAUGACCCAAGCAAAGCUGACAGUGCCUGGUGGAAGUAUAGCUUCACCCAUAACCAUCCCAGAAUAUUUCCAAAUGAUCCCUGGCUGGCAUCAGCAGACAACCUUGCUCCCCCAAAACAGUAAGAUGCACUGGAAGAAACCACAUGACUGGAUGCUGGAAACAUUGGAUGAAAUCUUAAAUCGAAAACUUAACCACAUUGCCGAUCUAGAGGACAACGGGGUCUCUUGCCCUCCUCAUGUUUAUGCAGAAGAAGGAAUUUUGGAGAAAAGUGAAUCCUUUCUCUCCCUACCAGUUGUGGAUGAUCACAGCCUACCUCCUGAUUUCUUGGCAACUCUGGGGCCUAAGUUCACCACUCUUGACAAAAUCUGCAGCAAGUGAUUCCUUUAAAGCUGCCCUAUGAGCAGCUGGGAAUCCUCCCAGUUUCAUUUGAAAUUGAACUAUAGAUAUGCCGUUCAUAAAGGGAUUUUUUGCCAGCAUUCAUUCUGCUGAAUUUUUAUACUUGUAUAAAUGGAUUAUUUCUCUUAUUUUGCAAUAAAUACCAUGUUUUUAAAUUUUGACGUUGCAUUGUGGGAAAUGUUGUGCUUCACAUUGUCUUAUCCAGAAAAAUAACACGUGUGCAUGCACACUUCUUCACACUGAAGUGGAAGUCAUCAGACCCUUAUAUAUAGGGAGAGGGUGAGGAGGGGUAUUACUUGAAGUUGCUGAAUUGCACUUAUUACCAAACUUAAAACCAUGGAGAGACCUGGUCUGAAUAGAGGCAUUGGAUUCUUAUCUCAUUAUACUUGAUAUAGCUAUUUUUAGCCAUAUCACUCAUUGCUUUUUCCUGUAAGACCAAUUGCAGUCGUAAACAGUCUUCAACAGGUUUACUACACCUAUCAGCCAAUCACCCAGUCCCACCACCCUUCUGAGUAAUACCCCCCUCCACCCUCUCACUAUAUAUAAGGGUCUGGUGACUUCUGUUUCAGUGUAUCUGAAGAAGUGUGCAUGCACACGAAAGCUCAUACCAAUGACAAACUUAGUUAGUCUCUAAGGUGCUACUGGAAGGAAUUUUUUAUUUUGUUUUGACCCAAAGGCUUGGCUGUUAAGAAUAUGGAAAGACUGAGCAAAGAAUAUCUGUCAGUAGCUGCAGAGGUGUGGAAGGUUGAGGUCUUCUGCUAGUAGGGUUGCCAGACCCCCAGGGCUGACCUGAAGUCUCCAGAUUUGCUUGGCUGCACCAAGGGUGGUUGGGAGAAGGCUUGAAUCUUCAAGUGGACAGGUCUGCCUUUAUUUAUUUAUUUUAAAUUAAAGACACUGCACAGCUUGCAAGCUUCAGCCCAGCAGAUUGUUGCAUAGUCUCUCUGGGGACCCUUAAAUAUCUGUGGCCUUGAAUGGGUGGGAUGUUUUAAUCCUGUCUUUUAUUAGAGUUUUAUAUUUUUCUGUUUUGCCUGCUUCAAUGAAUGUACUCGUUUAUAUUUGGCAAGUUGCUUUGAGUU